AUGGGUGGUAUCUUGGUAUAUAUUCCAUGUGCCCUCAGAACGUUUGGUACAACCAGCGUCAAACUGCCAUUUCUGCGCCGGACUAAUCCCUUCAUCCAAAACCUACUCAUGUCAGCAUGUUUGUUCUGCAACCCCGGCUUAUACCUUGCAAUCACGCUCCUUGGGGCUGGUGGUGGUCGUCCUUCAUCCAGUUCCAUGGCCGACACCAGUAACGGUGUCCUCUAUGGCGUUUUCACCUUCAGUGCCAUUGGAGCUAGCUCGGUCUUGAAUAUUCUCGGACCUCGUAUCACUGUCGCAUUCGCCAUCACUGGAUACCCAAUCUACAUCGGCGCCAUGUGGUACUUUGACGCCUUCGGACAUCUCUGGUAUCCCGUCUUUGCUGGUGCCUACCUGGGACUGACUGCCGGCUGCUUGUGGACGACAGCCGCUUGGAUGUCCAGUUCUCUAGCAGAAGAGAAAGACAAAGGCCUUUGGAGAGCUAUACAAUGGACAUUCAAUGUUACAGGUGCUGCAAUAGGUGCAUGUAUUGCAUUGGGCAUCAACUGGCAUGCGAAAACUGCCGGAGUUCCACACUCAGUUUAUAUCAUUUUCAUCAUCAUCCAGACAGCCUCGAUAGGUUUUGCGAUGCUGAUGCUGGACCCUGAGAAGUUGAUCCGACCUGAUGGAACCAAAAUUGCGAUCUUCAACAAAAUGUCAUUGAAAGAGGCGUUGCUCGAAACCAAGAAGGCUUUUACAGAUGUCCGACUUCUCAUGCUUAUCCCGACACUGUUCGCGCCCGAAGUCUUUUUCCCAAUGCAAGCGUCAAUCAAUGCAUAUGCAUUCAAUCUUCGCACGAGAACUCUGAACACCCUCUUGAACAAUCUCAUUCAGAUCCCCGUCACCAUUGGUAUGGGUUACAUACUGGAUUGCGAAAAGCUCGGCACACGAAGAAAGCGUGCCUUCAUCGGCAUCACCAUCGAUGCUGUCUGGAUAACUGGGGCCUACAUUGCACAAACCGCCUGGUUGAGUAGCUGGAAGUUCGACAGGUCCGUGGCUGGACCUUCCAUUGAUGUUCACGACAAGGCAUAUGCCGGAGCCGUCGUCAUUUACAUGUUCUAUGCUGCUCAAUAUGGCAUCUUCCAGAACCUCGUCAUUUAUGUUCUCGGUGGGUUGACGAACGAACCUCGGAGAAGUGCAGCAAACAGUGGUAUAUUUGUUGGAAUCCUCAGUGCGGGAACUGCCGUCUCCUUUGGGGUCGACGCCACUGCCCAACCGUACGAAAAUGAAAACGGAGCAUACUUCGCGUUGGCGACACUGUGCUGGCCGAUUUUGUAUUUCGUUGCUUGGAAAUACUUGAAGGACACCAACUAUCUGGACGAGGACAGCGUGAUUGUGCCACUCCACGUGCGCAAGGAUCUUCAUCUUGAUGCCAAGAUUGAAGGCAUUCCGGCUGCUGGCGAUGAUGUAGAGACUGGUGAAGUCGCCACCACGAAGCAAGAGAAGAGGUAAGAGACUGGUAUCGAAUGUGGAAGACUAUAGACGUGAGAAACGCG